UUCACUGUUGGAAACUGCAUAAUGCAUAGUCUACAUUUGUCAGCCCUUGGGACUUCAUGCACAGUUAUGAAGAAGAAGUCUGCCAUCUUCAACUUUCAAAGUCUACUGACUGUAAUCUUGCUGCUCAUAUGUACCUGUGCUUACAUCCGAUCCUUGGCCCCCAGCCUACUGGAUAAAAAUAAGACUGGAGUGUUGGGUGUCUUUUGGAAGUGUGCCAGAAUUGGUGAACGAAAGAGUCCUUAUGUAGCAGUGUGCUGUGUCGUUAUGGCCUUCAGCAUUCUCUUUGUGCAGUAACAGUUGGAAAAACCAGAAUUUCCGUUCUGUGUGACUUCUGAGAAUAAAAGGACUUGCCUAUAGGAAACAGCAAUGGGAAGAGUGAUUCAUCAUCUCUUGAUGUAUUUGGUCAGAGAGAAUCACGACUGUCAUUCUUUGUUUCACUUGAAAAUGGACCAGUGUUGGUGCUAUAUAAGAAAUUAAGGUGCAGGUUUAAUUCCAGAAGUGUGAUACGGAUGUAAUUAUCAAUUUGGUAUUAUUGUUCCUAUCAUGGCCAUUCUGUGCUUUGCAUUUUGAUUUUAAGUGAAUAGAAUAGGACCUGAAAUGCAGUAGAACAAAGUUGAUUUAAAAAACCUACUCAAGUAACUGUCGAUGAUUUAGAAAUGACAUUCAUCUUUAAAGAAUGAGAAUAUUUCAUUGAUGAACAUUUUUCUAAAAUUAGGAAAAGGUUGAAAUUCAAGCAUUAAAAAUUGUUAUUUUAAAUGACUAAGUGCUUCUGUAUUCCAUAGACAAUUAAGGUUGUACUUUAAGGAGUACCUUCACUCUGAGCAAAACCUUAAGUUUAUUACAUUGUUAUAAACACAGAGUCAUCUCUAGGGUAUUUAUAUCAUUAAGAUACUGAUAUGCUUCCUAUAACAUUUGACUUAAGAAAAUAAUCUUUUUUUCACCCACCGCUGUAGGAAGGUUCACUGUUUUCAGGACAAAAACAUAAGAAAUCCCAAGUAUGACUGUGGUGUUAAGGAGCAAUUCAUUAAUAAACUAAGAACUAGCCCUUUAAAAAGCUGUGUUUCUAAAUAUAUUAAGGAUUUAAUAUAUUCUUAUAGUCUUUUAGACUCUGAGCCUAGCGACUGUCCCUAUAUGUUGCCAACUUGUACUUCCCAAGUGCUUAGCACAGUGCUCUGCACACAUAAGCGCUCAAUAAAUACGAUUGAUUGAUUGAUUUAGCUGGGAGAUAGUAUAGAAGAUAAGUACAUUCCAAAAUGGAGGUUCAUUAAUCAGGACAGUUUGUUAAACAAAUGUUACCCAUACAUUUUGAUAUCAGUAGUUUGUGUCGAUCUUUAAACUAGUGUUACCCAUACAUUUUGAUAUCAAUAGUUUAAAUGUCAAUCUUUAAACUAGUGUUUUCACUUCCUCCAAAUGUACAUUUAUAAAGUCAUUUUUUUAUUCCUCAUGCAUGAGAUUUUGUACCAGUUCAUUGAUAUCUGUUAGCUUCUGAUUUAUAAUUGGCCGGUGUAGUAAUGUAGUAAGCGUUAAGAAAUAUACCUAAGCCACUAAGCUUGAAUAGCCUAUCUCUAAAAAUGGUCCUUGGCAAAGUUACUAUGAGCUUAAAUGAUAAAGAAAUGUCUUUAAGAAGUAGAGCCUUAGAAUGUAGUCACAGCGGUUUGGCGUCUUCAUCGCUGUUAAAUUCACCAGAUCAGAUUGGGCCUACCCAAAUUAAAGCACUCCGUUGCAAUCAA